AUGCCUCAUCAUCAUCAUCCUCACGGCGAUGACCAUGGCUGUCACGGUGAAGCAGGCCAUGAUCACAGCAAUGAUAUCACCCCCGCGCUGCAGUCUCUUCUUUACAAGCAAGUCGACUUCGACAAGAUCGAGACCAUGAAUGAAUCUGAGCCAAAAGCCGGUGCUGCCAUAGUUAAAAAGACGUGGGAUCAGCGACUCGAAGAUGAGCCUCAGCUUGAAAGUGAUGCAGAUGAACAACUGCUCAUGCAUGUUCCAUUCACGGGACAAGUGAAGUUACACUCAGUCCUGAUCUACGCUGCGCCGUCCCCCUCGGCCCCAAACACAGUCAAACUAUUUAGAAACAGACCCGACAUGGAUUUCUCCACUGCUUCGGACCUUGCACCUACACAGACAAUUUCUAUCCCGCAGGCUCUGACCGGCUCUCAAGCAGAUGUAAUAGAAAUGCCGCUGAACAGGGCACUCUGGAACGGAACUACGUCUGUCACAUUAUUCUUUGAAGAUAACUGGAGCCAGGGCGAGGAAGACGUCACGAAAGUUGGAUAUGUGGGCUUUAAGGGUGAUUUUAUGGCUUUGAACAAGGAGCCGAUUUCUUUCUUGUAUGAAGCUGCUGCGAACCCCAAGGAUCAUACUGUAAUCCAGGGGGUUGAUGGAGUGGGCAAGACUAUUGGAAGUGGAAACUAA